AUGUGCCGUACCCCAUCUUCUUCAGCUGUUGGAAUUCCGUGGAACGUACCACAAACGAUGGAAGAGUUUCGCUCGUAUGUCGAACAGUGCAACAAAACAAAAGCAUUAUUGCCGGGAUGGCAUGAUCAUCGUGUCAAAGUUGAAGCUGAGCUGCGUGAACUUGCACGGCAGCUUGAGGACUGGGAAGUGGAAUUAAUAACCGCUGCAAUCAAUUCAAUGGUUGCAAGUGGUGCUGAAGCUGCAGAUGGUGCGAUCCCACCACGGUCAAGCGUGCCUCUGCGGCUGCCUAAAUCGGGUCAAAGGAGAUUUCAGAGAAGAAGGGGAAGAAGAUUUUUGUGCAAUGAUGGAACCAAAGGUCCAACCUCGCUCGUAUUCGCUGUGAAGUGUGGUGGCGUAAGAGAGAAGAAAAGUGUAGGUCGAAUGCUUGAGUCAGCGAGCAGUAAAGCUCUUCAGGACCAUAUCGGCAGUACUGUAGCAUUACUAGAGCAGGAUAAAAUUUUGACGGAGGAUCUUGCCAAAGCUAUUGAUGAGCUUAUUGACAAGGAAUUUCUAUUUCUAGAAAAGAUCAAUUUUGGUGGGCACAGCGAGAAUGGCUUCUUCUUGCCACCGGAAACCAGUGUCAGCGCUUUAAUUGCUGUUGUGUGGCGUCUAAGUCGCCAAAACUUCUCCAUGCAAAAAUUUCUGUGCGACAUGCUUGGUAUUUUGAUGGAUCUGAACUGGUCAUUGCAUCUCGCAGAAGCUGUCAGAAACAUUACGAAUCUGGCUCUCGAAGGCUCCCAAUAUCGCGGCGAAGUAUCCUUGCAGCUUCGCACUUUCGCGGACAAGGCUGGACAAUGUCAGAGUGUUUGUCGCUUGAUAAUGGAAUAUCUAGAAAUACGGUAGCAUUAACUUGGGUUUGCCUCGUACUGUCUAUCUGCUCGUGUACAGUAAACUCAUAUGUAUAGAGAGCGUCUACAUACACUUAUACUCAUUAUCUAC